GUCAUGCACGGUUGAUAAUAACAAAAUGGAGGACGAAGAAAGAGAAGUGGACAUUUGUAGAGUCUGUAGAACCGAAGGCACGCCAGAUAAACAGUUAUAUCAUCCGUGUAUCUGUACGGGAAGUAUUAAAUUUAUACACCAAGAAUGUUUAUUACAAUGGUUAAAACAUAGCAAGAAAGAAUAUUGUGAAUUAUGCAAUCAUCGAUUUACCUUCAAACCAAUUUAUUCUCCCGAUAUGCCUACACAUCUUCCAGUCCAGGAUUUUAUCAGUGGUUUGGCCAAGAGUAUCCUAAGGGCAGUAAGAUAUUGGCUUCAUUACACCCUUGUUGCUAUAGCUUGGUUGGGGGUUGUUCCUAUUACUGCUUAUCGAAUUUAUAGAUGUCUUUUUACUGGCUCUGUCAGCUCACUUCUUACUUUACCGCUAGAUAUGCUCUCUACGGAGAAUGUUUUUAUGGAUUGUGUUCGUGGUUGUUUUGUUGUGGCUUGUACAUUGUGUGCCUUUAUAAGUCUUGUCUGGCUCAGAGAGCAGAUAGUAUUGAAUGGAGGACCAGAAUGGCUUCAACAGAAUGUAGAUCCUCUACCUCAUAUACCUGCAAACCUCUUUGGAGGGGGAGGGGGACAUGGGGCAAAUGGCAAUGGAGGUGCAGAUGAUGAAGGAAAUAAUAAUCCAAAUGAAGGCGGUGGUGGUGGUGGUGGUGAUGGUGAGAAUGAUAAUGAGGAUCAUGAAGAUUUGCAUGAGGAAGAGAAUGGUCCUAAUGUGGCAAUAGACAAUGCCGCUAUCAACAAUGUUGAUGAUGAAAACAACUGGAAUCCAGUAGAAUGGGAAAGAGGUGCAGAAGAACUGACUUGGGAAAGGAUGCUUGGCCUUGAUGGUUCACUGGUGUUUCUGGAGCAUGUAUUUUGGGUUGUCUCCCUCAACACGUCAUUCAUCUUAGUUUUUGCUUUUUGUCCCUUCCACAUUGGACAGUUUGCUGUAAUUCUAUUUUCUAUCGAAGAAACUGUCCAGUCAACCAAGUUUGAAGGAAUUUUAACAACUGUGCUUGGAUAUGUUAUACUAGCUAUGUGCCUAAUUCUCUGUCAUACUGUAUCAUCGCUAUUUUCUUUUAAAAGGGCCAAAAGAAUAUUCGGAUUGUGUUAUGUUGUAGUCAAAGUAUCACUUUUAAUGGUUGUUGAGAUUGGUCUGUUUCCAUUGGUGUGUGGAUGGUGGCUCGAUAUCUGUUCUCUGGCAUUGUUUGGUGCUACCUUAAAAGAUAGGAUCCAAAGCAUGAGUGCUGCACCUGGUACUGCUAUGUUCCUCCACUGGCUUGUGGGUAUGGUGUAUGUGUUCUACUUUGCCUCUUUUGUGUUGCUACUAAGAGAAGUGUUAAGACCAGGAGUGCUUUGGUUCCUGAGAAAUCUCAAUGACCCUGACUUCCACCCAGUACAAGAGAUGAUACGUCUACCUGUUUAUAGACAUGCUAGAAGAUUCUUACUUUCCUUGGUUGUGUUUGGAACAACUGUUCUUCUGAUGAUGUUUUUACCUGUAAGCCUUUUGAAGUGGUGCAUCCCAAGCUUUCUUCCCUACAAUGUUCAGCUAUCAAGUGAAGCACCAGUAAGUGAGCUCUCCCUAGAACUACUCCUCCUACAAGUGGUCCUCCCUGCACUUCUUGAACAAGGCCACACAAGGCAGUGGCUGAAGAGUGUCAUCAGGGGCUGGGCUGUCACAGCUGCAUAUCUUUUAGAUCUCAGAUCGUAUCUUCUCGGCGAUGUUCCACUGGAUGGUCAAGAAAACAUUUUUGGUUACGGCCCUGCUUAUAAUGCUGCUCCUGUCAACAAUGAUCACCCCAACAACAACCACAAUCCUCCUCCAGAACAGCAACACCAACCACCACCACCCCAACCUAUCGCUCACAAUCCGGAUGGUACCGUGUUUGGAUUCCAGCCAUAUAUUCGACCCAAUACCUUUUCCUUCAAGAUCGUAAUGUUGGUGUUAUUUAUGUGUCUCUCCAUGUCUUUCGCAAGUUUCGUCACACUAACUGUACCAGUGGCUAUUGGACGUGCAAUCAUGUCCUUGUGGAUGGGUAACCUACCAGUGCACGAGCUAUAUACAGCUGCUUGUGGUCUGUACUUCAUUUGGCUUGUGUGCAGGCUUUGUGUAGUGACCAUGUCGUGGAUACCUUUAGGGAUACGAGGAAUGGUGGAGAAAGUUGGUAACUGGAUCUUCCUGGGUCUAAAGUGUGUUUUCAUUGCUGCCAUUCUCAUUGGUCUCGUUCCGUUCCUUCUUGGUUUGUUAUUCGAACUUAUCGUGGUGAUUCCUCUGCGCGUUCCGUACGAUCAAACACCACUAUACUUCCCUUGGCAGGAUUGGGCGCUUGGUGUUCUUCAUAUGAAAAUCAUUUGUGCUGUGACAAUGAUGGGACCCAACUGGUGGCUCAAGAGAGUCCUUGAGCAGGUCUACCACGAUGGCAUUCGCAACAUCAACACCUUUCUCAUCCUGCGCAAACUUGCCUUACCUGUGGUACUAACUCUACUGCUCGCCCUUACUGUACCUUACGUACUUGCAGCUGGGAUUAUACCGAUAUUCGUCAAAUCAGAAGACACACGACUUUACUGUCUGCGUCGUAUUUACCCUCUCCUUCUGGCUGUCAUAUCGGUCAUUCUCUGCUUGGCUUUUCAAGGAAGACAGUUUCAACGACUUUACGAACGCAUCAAGAACGACAAGUAUCUCGUGGGUCAGCGACUCGUCAACUACGACCAUCGUAAACCCAAGCAAAACAAGACCACACACAAAGCCAAGGAAGAUUGACACGAAACUAGACCAUCAUAAAAUAUAUAUAUAUAUACUGGACUCUUAACUAACAAAGCAUAAACAUGCUAUGAAUAACAAAUCCUAAUUAACCGUCCCAAACAGUAUGUAUGGUGCCGGUACCUCCACCCUUUUAAUUACUAGACUUUAUUACGGUGCUGGACCAUACUACUUAUCUGAAUCAUCAAUGACUUGUAAGCCCUUAAGUAGUCUUUUUUUCUUAUUUGUUUGUUUUGUUAUUGUCGUUAUUGUCACUUAGGGUUUCAAUAUCAUAAAGAAAGAAUAUCAUAUA